ACGCUUCCCUCGAAUGUCAAAGGAAAAAAAACACGACGCUGCCCCAGCAUCUGUUUUCGGUUUGUUUUGGGUGAUCUCAUCGAGUUACUAGCGCCAAAUCAAGUUUUUUGAUAGGAUUUACAAUAGGUCCAAUCUCAGCCGAAACGACCAACGACGCACGUGAGAAUUAGGGGAUAAACACAAACGAGCCGUCGUGUCGUGAUUCUUCGACCGUGUGUAGGAACCUAGCUGCUAACACACAUUACGUGGCUGGCUGGUAAUAUUUUCGUUCUGACUUGGAUCACCCAACAUCAUCAUUCCCGUAAAGGUACCAGUAAAUCAGCCGACACAUUCGGUUAGUAGUCAGUCGGUGUUUCGGUUGCGCAGAACGCAUUAGCUCUGUACGCGCGUGGUAAAACGUAGUGUGUUGCUGCUUCCGGUAUUUGUGACUGUCUAGUUUUUUGGGAUCCCAGCUUGUGUAGGGGAAAAGGAGCCAUCAGGAUGAGUCUUUCCCUGUGUGCCAGUAAGGUUUCCACGGCCUUCCGGAUUAACCAGAGAACCUUUGAAAUCAGUAAGAUCAUCUCCUGCCGUUACUCGACCAAAAAACGGUCCAAGAUCUACUGCUCGCCGGAGGAGGCGAUCGCCGACAUUCCCGACGGAUCCAAGCUGCUGGUCGGUGGAUUCGGGCUGUGCGGUGUGCCGGAAAAUCUGAUCAACGCCUGCGUCAAGAAGGGCCUGAAGGAUCUGACCGUGGUGUCCAACAAUGCCGGUAUCGACUCAUUCGGCCUGGGCCUAUUCCUGCAGAAGCGCAUGAUCAAACGUAUGAUCGCUUCUUACGUUGGCGAAAAUGCCGAAUUCGAACGACAGUACCUGAGCGGCGAGUUGGAACUGGAACUGACCCCCCAGGGAACGUUGGCCGAACGUAUCCGCGCCGGUGGUGCUGGAGUGCCUGCCUUCUUCACCCCUACUGCCUACGGAACGCUGGUCCAUGAGGGAGGAGCACCUAUCAAGUACGGAAAGGAUGGAUCCGUUGAACUUCCCAGCAAACCUCGGCAGAUGCAGAUGUUCAACGGUAAACCGUAUAUCAUGGAAGAAGCCAUCACCGGAGACUUUGCCCUGAUCAAGGCGCACGUGGCCGAUGAGGCAGGUAAUUUGAUCUUCAACAAAUCCGCUCGCAAUUUCAAUCCAACGAUGUGCAAAGCUGCCAAGACCACAAUCGUUGAGGUUGAGGAAAUCGUCCCGGUGGGUUCGAUCAAUCCAGAUCACGUCCAUAUGCCGAGCGUUUUUGUGCACCGAAUCAUCAAGGGUGCCAGUUUCGAAAAACCGAUCGAAAGGUUACGAAUUCGGGACACCAAGAAGGCUGGAUCUGUUGUCGCCUCAACUCCGGCCGCCAAGCAGCGGGAGCGAAUCGUCCGACGAGUUGCUCUCGAAUAUAAGGACGGAAUGCACAUCAAUCUGGGUAUCGGCAUUCCGGUACUUUCCUCGAACUAUAUUAAGGACAUCAAUGUGUUGCUUCAGUCGGAGAACGGCAUUCUGGGAUUGGGACCGUUCCCGGAGAAGCAUGAAGUCGAUCCGGAUCUGAUCAAUGCCGGCAAGGAAAGUGUUACGGUCGUGCCAGGUGCUUCCUACUUCUCUUCCGACGACAGCUUCGCCAUGAUCCGUGGUGGACACAUCGAUAUUACCGUGCUCGGAGCCAUGCAAGUUUCUAAGUUUGGAGAUCUGGCGAACUGGAUGAUUCCCGGUAAACUGGUAAAGGGUAUGGGAGGCGCGAUGGACCUGGUGGCAGCUCCCGGAACCAAGUGUAUCGUCACGAUGGAACACACCGCCAAGGAUGGGUCGCACAAAAUUCUCAACGAGUGUGGCCUUCCAGUUACGGGUCGCAACUGCGUGGAUAUGAUCAUCACCGAGAAGGCCGUCUUCAAUGUGGACAAGGAGCGGGGCCUGACGCUGAUUGAGAUUGCUGACGGCGUUUCGGUCGAGGAAGUGGUCAUGAGCACCGGGUGCGACUUCGAGGUGUCACCCGACCUCAAACCGAUGGGUCAGGUAGAAGGUUAACAGGGAGUGGUCUCGGCUGCGGGCCUUUCCGUGUAGGGUCGACUCAGGAAUGAAAGAAAAAGCAACUUUGCCGCUGCUUUAACUAUUCUGCUUUGAUUUGUGAUUGCCACCACAAAUAUUAUUAGAAUUAGAUUGAAACCCAAACACUCUAUGAUGUAAAUGUAUAAAGCUUUUCUUUGUUAUUGAUGUAACAUUAAACAUUGAAACAGCCCCGCCAAUAUGCAAAGCAUAUUAGGCGGAGCGCUAUUUUAUAGAUCAGUA